GUGUGUGUUAAGUGUAGCAGCUAGGGCAGAGGUAGCGGCUAAAAUGGUUAACCGGAUCUAGGCUAGCCUGGUUACAGGAAGGAGCAGCUUGUGUAUGUAGUUGAAUAAUAGCAGGUAGUUUCCCUGGGCAGCAGCUCGCGUGUGCUUCGCUGAAUAAUAGUAAUAACAGCAGCUAGCAGGCCCAGGCAGUCACCAGUGUGGUUAACGGAAGUAGGCACGAGCAGAAUUCCAAACACGAACUAAGGAUGAGUCUCAGAAAGCAGACACCUAGUGAUUUCUUGAAGCAGAUCAUCGGCAGACCGGUGGUGGUCAAGCUGAACUCAGGCGUCGACUACCGAGGUGUCCUGGCCUGUCUGGAUGGCUACAUGAACAUCGCCAUCGAGCAGACAGAGGAGUAUGUCAAUGGACAGCUCAAGAACAAAUAUGGUGAUGCAUUUCUACGAGGAAACAAUGUUCUUUAUAUCAGCACACAGAAGAGGAAAGUCUAGCCCAUUGAUGUUCCUUUUUUCUUGUUUUGGUUCUUGUGAGGAUAAUUUUGUGUUUGAUGAAUAUUCAAUACUGAAGAAUGUUUUGUGUUUUUUUUGUAAAAGUGGAAAUUGUUAAUAAAUCCUCCUGAGUUUUGACUUA